AUGACGUUGGAAACUAACAAGACUAUUGUAGGUGAUUGCCCUGAUUUGCGCUUGCUCUCGCUUAAGUACUGGGCGCAUAUAAUUGGCGGGAUUGCACAUCAACGGUGA